CAUCGCAGAUUGCUUUCAAUGCACGGUACGCGUGGCGGUGCCAUACGAAGCCGCCGCUUGGUGAGCCACUUCUGGCCUCGUACGCCCAAAACCACAUCAUGAAACAACUGGAAGUCGUGGCAAGGGAAGAGCUCGGAGAAACGCCCGAACUAAAGAAAGAAUGCUUGGACAAGUUCCGGGAAAUUCUGCAAGGAGAAAAUUGUCUGCGACUUCCACCCGAUUACGUUCUUCUUAUGUUCCUGCGGGCCCGAAAGUACAGAUUGAAUGAUGCUGUAAAGACACUUAAAAAUUAUUUCCGCGCUCGCAGCAGCCUUCCUGAGUACUUCGAUAACUUCUCGCCAUCGGCAAUUCCGUACCAGACAAUCAUACGGGAGCACAAGCUGCUCGUGAUCUCAAAAGACAGAGAUUCUCAAGGAAGAGCUGUAGGAUUGAUCAGAUUCGGAGCUUGGAACAGCAGUAUCUGCUCCCUGAGUGAGUACGUCAAGAGCGCCCUCGUGGCGCUGGAGUGCCUUCUCCUUGAGGACGAGACGCAGAUACGAGGAAUUGUUUGCGCCGACGACUUUGCAGGAUUGGGGUGGCAGCAUAUCAUUGCGAUGACUCCGACAUUCCUUCGACUGCUCGUCGCUCUUGUUCAGGACACUUUCCCAUUGCGCCUUAAGGCCUUCUACAUAGUGAAAACUCCCGCUGUCUUUGAACGGAUAUUUCGUCUUUUUGUGAGGCCAUUUCUGUCGACGAAGCUUAAAGAAAGGGUGCACUUGCUCAAGGGCGGCUUGUCUGAACUCUGCGGUGUCAUCCCUUCCGAUCUAAUACCAAAGGAAAACGGCGGGACACUUGAGGACUUCGACUUCGAUAGAAUGGAGCGUUUACUCCUCGACAAAGCAAGUCACUUCGAAACAAUGCGUCAGUGCGGCUACGAAACGAAUUGA